AUUGAAAAGUGAGAACAGACAAGUGGAUCUUCGUUCCCAUCCAGUUCAGUAUCUUUGUUUUCAUUUAUUCCAGAUUGUUGGGGUUUGCACGGAGGAACUGCAUGCGGCUCAGCAGUGGAACGGGCAAGGGAUCUUGGAACUGCUUCGGACUGUUCCAGUAGCUGGAGGCCCCUGGUUGAUAACAGAUAUGCGAAGAGGAGAGACAAUAUUUGAGAUUGACCCACAUCUGCAAGAGAGAGUCGACAAAGGGAUUGAGACAGAUGGCUCAAACCUGAGUGGAGUGAGUGCCAAAUGUGCUUGGGAUGAUCUCAGCCGACCCCCAGAGGAUGACGAAGACAGCAGGAGCAUCUGCAUUGGGACCCAGCCGCGGCGGCUCUCUGGGAAGGAUACAGAGCAAAUCAGGGAGACUUUGCGAAGAGGGCUUGAGAUUAACAGCAAACCUGUUCUACCUCCAAUAAAUACACAAAGACAGAAUGGGUUGAACCAUGACCGAGCACCAAGCCGUAAGGACAGUUUAGAAAGCGAGAGCUCGACAGCUAUCAUUCCUCACGAGCUAAUCCGCACGAGACAGCUGGAGAGUGUACACCUGAAAUUUAACCAGGAGUCUGGAGCACUCAUUCCCCUCUGUCUCAGGGGAAGGCUCUUACAUGGACGGCACUUUACCUAUAAAAGUAUUACAGGGGACACAGCAAUCACGUUUGUAUCAACGGGAGUAGAAGGAGCCUUUGCUACAGAAGAGCACCCCUAUGCAGCACAUGGACCUUGGUUACAAAUCCUAUUGACCGAAGAGUUCGUAGAGAGAAUGCUGGAAGAUUUAGAAGAUCUGAAUUCUCCAGAGGAAUUUAAACUUCCAAAGGAGUACAGCUGGCCUGAAAAGAAACUGAAAGUUUCCAUCUUGCCAGAUGCCGUGUUCGACAACCCGCUGCAUUAGAGCUGAAUUACACCCUUCUAACAACUGGGAGAGCCAAGUUACUGUCCAUUACCCAGUGACUCACAGGAUAAUUAAUGCAGUAAAAACUCUGCCUGCAAAUAAAAGAGUUUGCUGCACAACCACUGCAAGCAGAAGAGGAGCUACUCAGCACCAGCCCAGACCGAACUGAGCCCUUUCCUUUAUCCUUCCCAAGGCUGAGCUUUCUGGGAACAGCCUGCGUAUGUGUGAGUGCGAGUGAGAAGUAUUUAACUAUGAAAAUUAGUAGUAAGAAUUCUUUCUCUCCCCUAGCUACAGAACUCCCCUCUGCCUUAGCCCAGGGUGUAGACACUCUGCACGCCUGUAUUUACACAUGCGUUUCUGCCAGGUGCGAGCCUAUAAUCCAUGGAUUAAAUGUUCUUUACGUGA